UCUAUUUAUCUCGUGCAUACAGAGACGCCCUCUUCUUGUCUCGCACAUUUAUUGCGAGCUUUCUCUGUCGGGCUUCAGUUGGCUUCAGUCGUCUUCCAAGCUACACCAUUUAAUGUUCCUAUUACUACUACUGCUGCCACUACAUAUCCCUUCCCCUCGAAGAUGUCGAACUUUCCUGCCUCUCUCUGCGAUUCCUCUUUGAAUAUCUUCCACCUCGCCGUCUACAGCUCCGAUCCAUGGCCCUCCCCAUCAUCCUCAUCAUCUAGUCCCUGAUCCCUUCUUUCUACGUGCUUUGAUCUCUAUUGCUUUGCUUCUUUCUGUAGCUCUUGGAGAACUGUGAGAUAUAGAUAUGCCGGGGGUGUACCUGCACUUGUCGCCUCGGGGGAUGACCGGUGGAGGGGGGAGACGCGGGCCGGCACCACCCAAAGGAUGGAUGGCGAUACGGGUCGGAGGCGCGGGGGAGGAGCAGCAGCGGUUCGUGGUGCCGGUGGGGUACCUCAACCACCCGCUCUUCGUGGCCCUGCUCCGGGCGGCGGAGGAGGAGUACGGAUUCCACCACACCGGCGCCAUCACCAUCCCCUGCCACGUCGAGCAAUUCCGCCACGUCCAGGGCAUCAUCGACCGCGACACCUCCUCCACCACCGCCGGAGCCGGAGGCCACCGCCACCUUCACCUGUGCUUCAGGGCUUGAAAAGUUCAAACCCUACGUAGCUGAGGCUUUUGUAAAAGCUUCGGUAAUUUAAUUUUUUAUGUUUUUUUUUCUUUUUGUGAUCAAGUUGAAGGUCUUUUAGUCUUUAUGUCUCGAAUAAUAUAUGAAUAUAAUCA